AAAAAAAAUAUAAAAAUAAAAGUUCAUUGUUUGUGCUGCUGGCAGGAUAACGUUACUAGUCCCAAAACGUCGGUGUUUGUUUUUUUAGUAGCCCGUAAUCACGAUUUGUGGAAGAAAAAAAAACGACGACUCACCAUCGAGUCUUUCCACGAAGAAAGAGGAACUCUCUGCCUGUAGAUGAACAACCACGGGAAUAAGAGGGCACCGACCACAGCCACCCAGAGACUAAAGCAGGACUACCUCAGGAUAAAGAAAGACCCUGUGCCUUACAUCUGUGCUGAACCCCUACCAUCCAACAUCCUCGAAUGGCACUAUGUUGUUCGAGGUCCUGAGAAAACCCCAUACGAAGGGGGAUAUUAUCAUGGCAAACUAAUAUUCCCUCGGGACUUCCCCUUUAAACCACCCAGCAUCUACAUGAUCACACCUAACGGGAGAUUUAAGUGUAACACACGGUUAUGCCUGUCCAUCACUGAUUUCCACCCGGACACGUGGAACCCAGCCUGGUCAGUCUCCACCAUCCUGACUGGUCUGCUCAGCUUCAUGGUGGAGAAAGGCCCUACUCUGGGCAGCAUCGAGACCUCUGACUACACUAAACGACAGCUGUCAGCCCAGAGCUUGGCUUUCAACCUAAAGGAGAAGGUUUUCUGUGAAUUGUUUCCUGAUGCUGUUGAUGAGAUAAAGCAGAAACAGAAGGCCCAGGAGGAGUUGAGUGCCCGUCCCCUCCCCCUCCCCGACGUGGUUCCUGACGGCGACCCUCAACACGGCAACUACGGAAUCCCCGCCCUCAACGGAGGCCACGGCCCUCUGGGCCCCGCUAACCCCGCCCCCGGCCUCCAGCAGGCUAAUCGGAACCACGGACUGCUGGGCGGCGCCUUGGCCAACCUGUUUGUGAUUGUAGGGUUCGCGGCGUUUGCCUACACGGUGAAGUACGUGCUGCGGAGCAUCGCCCAGGAGUGAGAGAGGAGAGAUGAAGGAGAGCAGAGGGUCAGCUACAGGACUAUUGUAUGAUUUAAACACAUUAUUGAUAGAAAUUCUGAGCCACCCCCCUGAAGGAGGGAUGAAGAAGCAGGUGGGGGGGGUUGGGUGGAGGGGGGGGGGGGGGGAGACUGGGACAGGGUUGUUUGGGAUCACGGUUGUUGAUCCACUCUGUGCUUUCGGUGGUUAUGACCUAAUACCAGGUGGUAGAAGAAGUGCUUGGCUCAUGGGUUGACCGCUGGCUCAGAACAUUUUCGAGUAAUUGUUCUUCUCUGCCUAUUUACUCUGAAGCCACUGUAUUGUUAGUGUUCUGUGUGCUAGAUACAUUUUCAAUCUAUUGUGCCGCCAUAUUGGUGGGUCCCUGUGGGAGAGAAAAAAGAAAAAAGAAAAAAAAAAUCAUGUGGAUUUUGGAACCAUGUUUUUUUCAUUCUGCCUGUUCCAGUUCCACAAAGUAUGUCUUAAGUGGGGAUAGAUAGCCCUCUGUUGCCCGGGAAACAAGGUUCAGACUCACUUGGGUAAGUGUUGCCCUUCUGUCCUGUGUCACCUUAGACAGGUAAGACAGACUCCACCCCCCCACCCCCCCCCAGGUGUCCUGAGAAACACACAGGAGGGAGUCUGUCUAAUAUAAUGUCAAUGAAACCCUGGCUUUUAAGUAAGAUCUGGGACACGUUGAGAUCUACCUUGAUGUAUUUGCUAAACACACACAGUGACAACUGAUUUAGGACACCCCCCCCCCCCCCCCCCAGGUUUUCGGGACUAAGUCCUAAAUCCGUUGUCACUGUGUAUGUUUAGCAAAUACAUCAAGGUAGAUCUCUACGUGUCCCAAAUGGCCCCCUAUUCCCUUUGUAGUGCACUACUUUUGACCAGGACCUAUAGGGCUCUGGUCUAAAGUAGUGCACUAUAUAGGGGGUCGGGUGCCAUUUGGGAUACCGGCUCAGUCAGUCUGUCUGCUGUGGCUUUUUCCCAAAAUGGCUGACCCCCCCCCCCCCCCCCCUCUGGGUGUCGUCUUCAGAAUUUACGGUCUGGUUUAAACCAUAUACACGACUCGCAGGUUUGGCCCGUUUUAAUCACUGGCAAUGCUGUCUUUUUUUAAUAGGUUAUUAGUUGGAAAAGAGUGGGGUUGUAAGGAUAAUGAGGAAGUUGGUUGCAAUUACAUAAGUCCCAUAAGAAUGGAAGACCCAGGGAACUGAACCGCUGAGCUGGCUUUAGAGCAUGUUGUCUGUCUGUGUCUUUACAAUGCUACUGACCCACUCAAACAUUUUGAAAAGAGAAGUAUGGACAUGGUGGUAUGAUAGGUUAACUACAGUAAUGGAAUAAUUAGGUUAUAAAUAGUAACCUAUUUAAAUAGUUAUCUCAAGGCAGUUGAUUCUGCCCAUAUAUACAUUUAAUUCUACUGAAGCAAAAUAUGAGCUCGACAUGUAAAGGGUUGGUUUCAUAAAAGAUGCCAGACCGGUUCUGUAUGUACAAGUGUUUCUCAAAAAAUGUUGGGCACAAAUGAGUUUACAUCCUUGUUAGUGAGCAUUUCUCCUUUUGCCAAGUGGCAUAAUAUCAAGAAGCUGAUUUAAACGGCAUGAUCAUUCCACAGGUUCACCUUGUGCUGGGGGCAAUAGAAGGCCACUCUCUCUAAAAUGUGCAGUUUUGUCACACAAAGCAAUGCCACAGAUGUCUGAAGUUUUAAGGGAGCGUGCAAUUGGCAUGCUGACUACAGGAAUCUCCACCAGAGUUCCUGCCAGAGAAUUGAAUGUUCAAUUCUCUACCAUAAGCCGCCUCAAUGUCAUUUUUUUUGGGGGGGGGGGCAGUAUGUCCAACCGGCCUCAUAACCACAGACCGUGUGUAACAACGCCAGCCCGGGAUCUCCACGUCGUCUGAGACCAGCCACCCAGAUCGCUGAUGAAAACAGAGUAUUUCUGUCUGUAAUAAAGCCCUUUUGUGGGGAAAAACUCAUUCUGGUUCGCUGGGCCUGACUCCCAAGUGGGGUGGGCCUAUGCCCACCCAUGGCUGCGCCCCUGCCAAGUUAAGUGAAAUCCAUAGAUUAGGGCCUAAUGAAUUUAUUUAAAUUUGACUGAUUUCCUUCUAUGAACUGUAACUCAGUGAAAUUGUUGCAUGUUGUUUUUUCAGUAUAGCUAAAUUCCCCAUCUUAAAAUACCAUGUCAACCUACCUGUGUGUUUGGUAUAGCUGAUAUCUGUUUAUGUUUCGGUGAGUUUCAAUAUGUGCUGUGGGUCAUUGCAUUGGUCAUUAGGCUUGUCUUUAAACCAUGACAAAGGACAUCAAAAAGACAGACUGCGUCUGACUAGAGCACUAAAUAGGAAAUGGGGUAGGAGAUAUGAGUUGACUCGUCUCUCGGCUGGUGUUUUGUUGUCAGUCAACCCAACCCGUGAGCCAAGGCAGUUAAGUCCAGCGCUGUCAAUCUCCCAUGUUGCGCUGAGACGGGGAUCUCCAAUGUGCUUAGCUGACCAUUUUUUUUAACAACACAUCGCUCUAUAUAGUCACCCAUGAGGAGACUGCAGUCUAUAUAGACCCUAAUGAGGAGGCAACAGUCUGUAUAGGCCCCAAUGAGGAGACUGCAGUCUAUAUAGGCCCCAAUGAGGAGACAACAGUCUAUAUAGGCCCUAAUGAGGAGACAACAGUCUAUAUAGACCCUAAUGAGGAGACUACAGUCUGUAUAGGCCCCAAUGAGGAGACAACAGUCUAUAUAGACCCUAAUGAGGAGACUACAGUCUGUAUAGGCCCCAAUGAGGAGACAACAGUCUAUAUAGACCCUAAUGAGGAGACAACAGUCUAUAUAGGCCCCAAUGAGGAGACAACAGUCUAUAUAGACCCUAAUGAGGAGGCAACAGUCUGUAUAGGCCCCAAUGAGGAGACGGCAGUCUAUAUAGGCCCCAAUGAGGAGACUACAGUCUAUAUAGACCCUAAUGAGGAGACAACAGCACAUGGAGAGGUAAACCUUUGUGUUUAAUAUGGAUAUUUUAUAUAAUAGUAGCCAUGGUGUGGCAGUCUGUUAGAUCGGGAACCAGCUUUCUUGUCCCUAGCCGUGUACAAAAUGGCACCUUAUUCCAUGUCUUGUUCGCUACUUUUGACCAGAGCCUUUGCAAAGGUAUAAGGAAUAGGGUGUCAUUUGGGACACAUCCCGUCUUGCCAAACAGGACAGGGCUGAGAGUAGAGCUGGUUAAUGUGAAAACACACCAGCACCUCCCUGGCUAGUAGAAUUACUCAUUUACAUUGCAUUUAGUGCAGAUUGUUCUACAGUGUAGCCUACUUUUGACUUCAGAAAGCAGAAGGAAAAAAAUACGUUCAGAUAAUAGCAGAAGACUUGAACAAAGCUCUUUUUGUCUCUUGUUCUGGCCCUUUUUUUUAAUGGUAGUUCGUUUGAGAUGCACAGCAAAAACACACAAAUUCCACGCUUCAUAAUUAUCUCGUUUUGAAAUUGUAUGUUUUCAUAGUUUAAUGCAAAUAAAUGUACCCCGCCAUUUUAGAGAA